GGUUCAAUUCUACCAGAUUGUGCUUCUAGUGUAGAGCAAGGUAGUCCAAAAUUGAAGUCAGCGCAUCUGCCACUAAACAUCCUAAUUCCACCCCGAGAAGGCGGGCAUUGAGAUCCUUUUCUGCUUCAAUUUUUAUUUUUUCACUGUACUCGUAUUUUUGUUUGCACUCCGAAAGUCUCGGCUCGCUAUGGGUUGCUCUUCAUCCGUUCCUGAGAGGAGCUCCAAUCAACUGGGUCGAGCGAAUUCGGAGAAUGGUGGAGGGCAGGACGCAAAGAAUCUACGUGUUAAGCUUGUUUUGUUAGGUGAUUCUGGUGUUGGUAAGAGCUGCAUUGUUCUACGAUUUGUCCGUGGUCAGUUUGACCCCACAUCCAAGGUAACUGUUGGGGCUUCAUUUUUGUCUCAAACAAUAGCUUUGCAAGACUCUACCACGGUCAAGUUCGAAAUAUGGGAUACUGCGGGUCAAGAGAGGUAUGCGUCACUGGCACCAUUGUAUUAUAGAGGUGCAGCUGUUGCUGUUGUUGUCUAUGACAUAACCAGUCCAGAAUCUUUCAACAAAGCACAGUACUGGGUCAAGGAGCUGCAAAAGCAUGGAAGUUCUGAUAUAGUUUUGGCAUUAGUGGGUAAUAAAGCUGAUCUUCAUGAGCAGCGGGAAGUGCCUGUUCAGGAUGGCAUUGACUAUGCCGAGAAGAAUGGAAUGUUCUUUAUUGAGACCUCUGCGAAGACAGCAGAUAAUAUAAAUGAAUUGUUCGAGGAAAUUGCCAAAAGGCUGCCUCGUCCAUCCACUAAUUGAAGCGGCCCGAACUGUGCUAAAAGAUAUGCUUUGGCUUUGGGACCUUCUAAGUACAAUAAAAUGAGUUGUGUAAAUUCUGAUAUGCUAUUUUCUGGUUUCAUAUGCGUUGUGUUAAGUUGAAGCAGUACAAUCACGAAGAAAUUAUACAUUAGAUUCUAGCAGACUGAGUCUCGUCACGAGAACCUCGUGAGACCCUCAAAUGCUAUGUUUUUUCAAUUAACUUUUUUGUCUUUUCUUUUUUGGGUUGGUGCUGAGAUUGUAAAGUGGGGCACAAUGUAGCAGUUAUGUGAGAAAAUGAGUCCAAGAUUUUUGUCAUGCUCA